AAAUAAUGAAGAAGCAGAAAGAUAUUACAAAUUCUGUUUACUACAUAAAAUGCCUGUAAGCUAUGGAGGAGACAUGCUUUUCUGCUUAAGAGAACCAUCCAAGUUUUCAUGGCUGUCUUUCAGUAAACUAAUCGCCUUUCUAAACAAAAGGGACAUAUUAACAGGUUACAGGGUAGCUUUUAACAUGGUGGAAGGGAGACAAAGCAGAAACAUUGCUGAUAUGAUGUUGCAGAUCAUAUUACAAUCAUAUAACUUAAGGAUUUUAUUUUAUUUCUCCAGCCUUUCAAUAAUUCAGUUGAAGGUUCCUUCUGCCCCUUGGCCUUGGUUAUAUAAAUUUCCCUGAUGCAAGAAAGUGAUCAUAAACUCAACUUAUUCAACUGCUUUGUAAUUCAAUAGCUAGGCCUUUGUGUCUUCUCAAGAUUUCAACCAAGAAAAAAAGAUGGAUGCUUCUGCUAUGAACCCGAACAACUCUCAUCAUGUUCGCUCAAACAGCUUGCCCUCAAAGCCACACCCGUUCAUCGAACAAGUUGAUGAACAGUUAUGCAGAUUGGAGGAGGCCUCAGAAGCUACAUCUUCUUCUUCUGAAAUAUGCCAUAAACUAAAUGGCCUUCAGGAUUUGCAUGAUUCCAUUGAUAGGUUGCUUUUGUUGCCUCUCACAGAACAUGUUUUUGUUGAAGAGAGCUGUGAGAAAUCGUUUGACGAUUUACUUGAAGGAUCUUUCAGAAUCUUGGAUUUGUGUGACAUAGCUAAGGAUGCAUUGUUGCAGACAAAAGAAUGUGUCCAGGAACUGGAAUCGGUUUUGCGCAGAAGAAAGGGAGGUGAAAUGUUCAUAGCAAGUGAGAUUCAGAAAUGCUUAAAUUCUAGGAAGUUGAUAAAGAAAACAAUUUAUAAAGCCUUAAAGGCAAUUGAAAGAAAAAGUUGUGAGAAAAGUCAAGCCACUUCAGCAAUUGUUAGCUCGUUGAAACAGGCCGAAGUAGUCGGUUACAACGUUGUCAAAUCCUUGUUGUCUUUCCUAGCAGGACCCAAGCUUCCAUCAAAUUCAAGCCGUUGGUCUCUUGUUUCCAAGCUUGUACAAUCCAAAAGGGUAGCUUGUGAAGUUGAAGAAACAAGUAGAAAUGAAGUGGCACUGGUUGAUGCUGCAUUACAAUCGAUUGCCAGUCAAAAAACAAAGAAAUCUGAUUUCCUUGUUCAAGUUGACAAUUUGCAGAGCUCAUUGAAGGUAUUUGGUUCAAACAUUGAAGAACUUGAAGGCGAUCUCGAAGCUCUAUACAGGCGCCUUAUUAAAACUAGAGUCUCACUUCUCAAUAUCUACAACUACUAAGCCUGAAAUUUCAGAUAGUAGUAUCAUGGCCAAUCCCAUGAGAAUCCAAUUUUGGCGACUGUAAAAAAAAAAAAAUAGUAAAUAUACAAACUUUAUUCUCAACUUAUGGCUUCAUGCGUGGUCUUCUUGGUUUCUAAUUUUUCUAUUCAUCAGCAAUAACUUAACUGUUCCAAUAAUGAGUCCUGAUAAACUGAUAAAAGAAAAAGAAAAUAGUUAAAAAA